UAAGGACCCAGAGGAAGAAUUGCCAGAAACACGAUCCAUCACCAUCUCUCAGAUGUUUGCCAAAGCCACAAAAGCCUUCGUGAAGGACACAGAUCAUGCGGGACACCUGAUCCCUGUGUCCAGUCUGAAUGACACAGACAAACUGAAUCUCCGAUCACUCAUUGUCAAGACCAGGCACAGAUGCUUCUGGCAGGAACCCAAAUACCAGUCCCCUGGCUUUACCCUCGGUGAUGUUCUGGAGCCUGGAGAGCCUGGAAACACACCUUUAAGCCCAACUGUCAAGGAGUCUGACUUUGUGGACUACAGUGGGACAUUUGGUGACAAGAAAGAAAUGAAUGCAGAUGGAAACUUGGAGGCAAAGUUGGCUGAUUUCAACCUGACCGUGGAAGGGAAAUGGUCCACCAAACAGAAGCUGUCCCUUGGCAGCCUGAACAAAGAGAAGGUUGAUGUGAAGGACUUACACAACUACUCAAAAAACAGAGUUCUGGACAUGUCCCAUCCUGUGAUCAAGCAGACCCGUGCGAAUCCCAGGGCAGUGCUAGGCGUCUUGACGGAGAGGAUUAUGACGUCACUACCUUGCCCGGUCACAAACAAUGUCCUUAAGCAUGGCAAUGUAGGAGCCAACGUGAGCGCCUGUGUGUUCCUGAGCGGGAAGGCCUCUAUGAAGCAGAGCGGCAGUACUCAGACAGAUAGUGAUGUGUCACUGGGUAUUCCUGCAAAUACUGUCAUGGCCUACAGUCUGAUUGAACUCUACGUCAAAUGCAAUGGACAGUUUGAGCUGUGCCUCAUCUGCAACAAUGGGGGCUUUGAAAUAGAUAAGUCAAAGGAGGGGUUGGAAGUAGAUGGAUUUAUGGACCAGGGAGGCGACUUUGAUACCAACAGUCCCCUAAAUCUGAACAAAGAACUGGAGAAACUGAGUGGUCAUUUCCAGCUGCUGUCAGUCCUGCCGGUGGCCAAACGCUCCUCUCUGCUCCAGCUCCUCAAGACAACCAUGGAGGACAGAGAGGCAGUCAGUGUGCUGGAGAGUGUGCUGGAUCAGUUGUGUGAAGGUGAGACUCCUGACCUGGGUGACCUGGAAGAGUCUGAGAGGGAGACAGUCCAGGCCAUACUGGAUCUUGUAGACCAAUGUGUUGGGAAGGAUGAGGACGAGAUCAGAUCCUCACUUCUCAGUGCCGUCCACCUCAUUGUCAGUGCCAUGGACGGAAUGACAGAUGAAGGUCUCUCUGUGUUGGGAUCCUGUUGCAGUCCUCCAGUCUUACAGGCCCUGCAGAUCCUGGUGCAGCAUGUGGCAGCAGGGAGUGGGGAGACCCUCUCUCUGAGAGAUGCAGGUCUGGCUGUUCUGACUGAGGAGGAGCUGUAUCAGAGGACAGAGAGUCUCUUUGGUCACUCUGAAGUUACACUGAAGAGAGAGGAGGACACACUGAGGACAGAGAUGAAGGACCAGCCUGGAUACCUUCCUCUAGUCAUGAGUAUCACUGUGAAAGGCCUAUUUAGUUUAAGCUGAGAGAGAGGCAGAGAGUCAUGGACUAGAAUCCCACACGCAGAUUCUAAACAGACGUUGAACUGAAAAACAACUAUUUCCAUUGAUUGUUAAUUCCCUGCAUUGUGUAUUUAUCUUCGAAUAUUCUUACAUAAUAUUUUGUGAGUGUGAUGUUUACUGUUCAUUUGUUAUUGUUUAUUUACAUUUGGUUU